AUGCAAUUUGCAAUGAUUGGAGUCAAAGAAGAUGGCGAUGCAAUUACAAAAUAUUUAUACCCAUUGGUUCCUAAAUUUAUUAACUCAACUGAUUCUGCUACCGAAACCAUUCACAGCCGUCAAUCAGUAAGUGUAGGAAUGGCUAGAAACCAGAAUCAUGAUGAUGAUGAUGCAUCAACAUCUAGCAGGAAGAAGAGGAUUAAGACUCGUGACAACAGUGGUGUGGGGCCUUGGUCAGAACUUAACCAUGAUGUGUUGUUUUUAGUUAUGAUGCAACUGAGUUUCGUUGAUUUUGUUGCAUUUAGUGGAGUUUGCAAGUCAUGGAGGUCAUUUGCACUCAGGAAGAGGUUUAUGGCAUCCAGACCACCCAUGUUGAUGUCCAUCUCUGAUCCUUCUUAUAUGAAUUCAUACUACUGCCACCUGAAGGACUUUGAUGGAAGAAAGUUCAAAACCCUCCUUCCCCAUUCUGUUGGCAGGAGGUGCGUGUUUGUAGUUAUAGAUAGACUCUACUUCAAUAUAUGGUUUUCAGUAGAGGGUAAAGGAGCAUGGAAUCAUGUCUCCUCCACUUACUCCAUCCUUGAUUUACACGCUUUCAAGGGGAAGAUAUAUGCCCGAAGCAACACUUGGCGUGUGUAUGAAAUGAAACUCAAUCCAAAGCCCAAAUUGACAUUACUCAAAAUCAAGAAUUUUCCAAAGUCAAAAUCAGCGAAUCCGGUGUUUGUAAGUUCAGAUGAGAACCUUUAUGUGAUGGAUCACGGUUUAAAAGAACCGAUUGAGGAACUAGAUUUUGGCGAAAUGAAAUGGGUAUCACCAAAAGAAAAGACAAUAGGAGAAUAUUCAUUUUUUUGUAGUGAUUGGAAGUAUGGUGUUGUAUUUAACCCAGAGUUGUGGAUUGGCCCUCGGUCACAGUUAAAGAGAUAUGAUUGUUUCUGUCGUCACACUACUACUGAUCAGAAAUGUCCAAAAGGCAGCUUCUUUUCUACAAGGAUGUGGUACUUCCCCCAUAGUUGUUUGAAUGUUGAUAUCAUAGAUGGGUGA